AUGGCGGCGGUGGCGGCUGCACGAGCUGUGUCUGUGAGCCCUGGGCUCAGGGGCCUGAAACAGACACUGCCUCUUGUAGUGAUUCUCGGGGCCACGGGCACCGGCAAGUCCACCCUGGCGUUACAGCUAGGCCAGCGGCUCGGUGGCGAGAUCAUCAGCGCUGACUCUAUGCAGGUUUAUGAAGGCCUAGACAUCAUCACCAACAAGGUUUCUGCCCAAGAGCAGAAAAUGUGCCAGCACCACAUGAUCAGCUUUGUGGAUCCUCUUGUGACAAAUUACACAGUGGUGGACUUCAGGAACAAAGCAACUGCUCUGAUUGAAGAUAUAUUUGCCCGAGAUAAAAUUCCUAUUGUCGUGGGAGGAACCAAUUAUUAUAUUGAGUCUCUGCUCUGGAAAGUUCUUGUCAAUACUAAGCCCCAGGAGAUGGGCACUGAGAGAGUGAUUGACCGGAAAGUAGAGCUUGAAAAGGAGGAUGGCCCGGCACUCCACAAACGUCUAAGCCAGGUGGACCCAGAGAUGGCUGCCAAGCUGCACCCGCAUGACAAGCGCAAAGUGGCCAGGAGCUUGCAAGUGUUUGAAGAAACAGGAAUCUCGCAUAGUGAAUUUCUUCAUCGUCAACACGCGGAGGAAGGUGGUGGUCCCCUUGGAGGCCCUCUGAAGUUCCCUAAGCCAUGCAUCCUCUGGCUUCAUGCUGAACAGGCAGUUCUAGAUGAGCGCUUGGAUAAGAGGGUAGAUAACAUGCUUGCUGCUGGGCUCUUGGAUGAACUAAGAGAUUUUCACAAACGUUAUAAUGAGAAGAAAGUUGCAGAAAAUAGCCAGGACUAUCAACAUGGUAUCUUCCAAUCAAUUGGCUUCAAGGAAUUUCAUGAGUACCUGAUCACUGAGGGAAAAUGCACAGCAGAGACUAGAAACCAGCUCCUAAACAAAGGUAUUGAGGCUCUGAAACAAGUGACUAAGAGAUAUGCCCGGAAGCAAAACCGAUGGAUUAAAAAUCGAUUUUUGAGCAGACCUGGUCCCAGUGUCCCCCCAGUAUAUGGCUUAGAAGUAUCUGAUGUCUCGAAGUGGGAGGAGUCUGUUCUUGAACCUGCUCUUGGAAUUGUGCGAAGUUUCAUCCAGGGCCACACGCCUACAGCCACUCCAGUAAAUAUGCCAAGCAGUGAAACUGAGAACAAGAGAAGUUAUCACAUGUGUGACCUCUGUGAUCGAAUCAUCAUUGGGGACCGUCAGUGGGCAGCACAUAUGAAAUCCAAGUCCCACUUGCACCAACUGAAGAAAAGAAGGAGGUUGGACUCAGAUGCCAUCACCGCCAUAGAAAAUCAGAGUAUUUCCCCAGACCAUGAUAAAGAGCUUAUAGAAAAGGGACUCCUAAGGCAGAAUGAUGAAGAGCUGAAAUCCAGCGUUUAAGGGACUUGUCCAGUGGCCUUUGCAGAGGUGGCGGAGGUCCAGUUCUUUCAUUCAGCGGUGUGGUUUUCAAGUCUCAUGUUCUCUGUCGUGGAAACAGCAGGGCUUGUUAGCUCCUUGUGUGGCUGAUGUGUCUGGUCUGGUAGUGAUGAAUUUGGGAAGGGCUUUUUUUUCUUUUAACCUUAAAGGUUCUAUUUUUAAAAGAGGCACACAUUGCACUUUUUUACAUUUGAUCUUUUUGGUGAUAAAUACUGGGAUUCACUGUAUCCUUUUAAAAAAAAGUUUUAUGUCCUUGACUCUGACUGGAAAUAUCUGAUUCCUGGACACUUUUAUAGAUGACUGAGUUAUUGUGAGCUGCAGGCCAGGAGUUCUGGAUUUGAGUGAGUGGGAAUAAAGGAUCAGCCCCAGUGAGAUAAUUAAGUGAAGCAAGACAGUUUCUGGAAUUCCAUCAAGAAGGAGAGAAUCAGACUGAUUUGGUUGUGACAUGAGACUUGAAAACUGAAGACUUUGACAUUUGUUGAGUUCCUCCUGUGUAAUAAUCACUGCUAUCUUUCUGUUGAGUUAGGAGUCUAUAUUUUUAUUGAAAGUUAAAUAAAGAAAAAGUUUGCAGGA